UGGGCGGACAAUAGCGCGCUGCUGGCGCACCUCCACGCGCACACUUUCGCAGGAUUGAGACUUAACUCGGUCAAGACAGAGCAGGUCUGAUUUAAGUACAAGUUUCCACCUCAAAGGCGCGAUAAGGAACUGAUACAAAGAGGAAUACUGUCUUUCUGUUUCACCACUCGGACUCCACGGAAGAGCGAAGUGUUCUGGGUUACUCAAAUGGGAAUUACAUGCGCGCGUGAAACUCUGGCUAACUUUUCUCAUCAGUGAUUGUGAGUACCGCUGCGCUCGCGAAACAUGCCGGAGCGAAUAAGUAUUUCGGACUUCGUGGUCCUCACAAACGAGGACUUGUCUUCGCCGGGGACUUCGGUUUUUCAGUCCAAAAUGAGCGACUGUCGGAACACAGUUUCUACAGUGGAGGAGUCACUAGAGAUGGAUCACAUAACUCUGCAGAAAAUGAAGAAGAUGAUCAAAACUAUUCACACGUCUGGACUCAUCCAUGUGGACAACAAAGAGCAGUAUAUUGAGGUGCUGGAGAACCUGGGGAACAGUCACCUGACGCAGGACAACAACGAAGUCUCCACAGGCUUUCUCAACCUGGCUGUGUUCACCAGAGAGGUCACGGCCCUCUUCAAAAAUCUGGUGCAAAACCUCAAUAACAUCAUGUCUUUUCCUUUGGAGAAUGUGCUGAAGUCAGAACUCCGGGACAGCAGACUAGAGCUCAAGAAACAGAUGGAGAAGAGCUGGAAGGAGUAUGACAUAAAAAUAGGGAAGCUGGAGAAGGAGAGGAAGAGCCGGCAGCUGGGGCUGAUCAGGAUGGAGGGAUCAUCAGAUGGAGGGGAGGACAUGGAGAGGGAGAGACGGACCUUUCAGCUGCAAAUGUGUGAGUAUCUCUUGAAGAUCCAGGAGCUGAAGGUGCGUCAGGGCCCUGAUCUUCUCCAGAGUCUCAUCAAAUACUUCCAGGCCCAGCUCAGUUUCUUUCAGGACGGGCUGAAAGCUGCAGAAAAUCUCUCUCCGUUUAUCGAGAAGCUCGCUUCAUCUGUUCACACGGUACGCAUGGACCAGGACGAGGAGGUGAAACAGCUCACUCAGUUGAGGGAUUCUCUAAGAUUACUUCUGCAAGUGGAGGGAAAAGAGGAAUACCUAAAUAGAAAAAACUCUGGCAAUGGGUACAGCAUCCACCAGCCCCAGGGCAACAAGAAGUACGGGACGGAGAAAUCUGGAUUCCUGCUCAAAAAGAGUGACGGGAUCAGGAAAGUUUGGCAGAAGAGGAAGUGUGGAGUGAAAUUUGGCUGCCUGACAAUUUCUCACAGCACGAUCAAUCGACCUCCAGCCAAGUUGAACCUACUGACCUGUCAGGUGCGACCGAACCCAGAGGACAGGAGGACCUUUGACCUGGUUACUCACAAUCGGACAUACCAUUUUCAGGCUGAAGACGAGCAGGAAUGUAUUAGUUGGGUGUCAGUGCUGCAGAACAGUAAAGAAGAGGCCUUGAACACAGCAUUAGGAGGAGACCAGCUCCACCUCCAGGACAGCGGGCUUCAGGAACUUUCCAGAUCGAUCAUUGCAGAACUCCGACACAUGCCUGGCAACGAGGCCUGCGCUGACUGUGGAGCGGCAGAUCCAACAUGGCUGUCAACCAACCUGGGCAUCCUGACAUGUAUAGAGUGCUCAGGCAUCCACAGAGAGCUGGGGGUCCACUACUCCAGGAUCCAGUCCCUUACUCUGGACCUGCUUAGCACAUCUGAGCUUCUGUUGGCAGUCAGUAUUGGCAACACAAGGUUCAAUGACAUCAUGGAGGCGGGCCUUCCAAAUGACUCUGUCAAACCGUUGCCACACAGUGACAUGAAUGCCAGAAAGGAGUACAUAGUGGCAAAAUAUGCUGAGCGGCGCUAUGUCCAGCGCAGAGAAGAAGCAGACCCUUGCCGGCUGUAUGACACCGUGAGGAGUCGUGACCUCACUUCUCUUCUGCAGCUCUACGCUGAAGGAGCAGAGCUCGCCAAACCGCUCACACUCCCUGAUGGACAGGGGAUUAAGGAGACUGCUCUCCAUCUUGCUGUCCGUCUGGAGGAAAAAAGCUCCCUGGCUCUGGUGGAUUUCCUCUGCCAGAACAGCAACUGUUUGGAGAAAAGAACAGCAGAAGGAAACACGGCUCUUCACUACAGCGUCCUGCAUCACAAACCAGAGUCUCUUAAGUUACUGCUCAAAGCAAAGGCAGCCCUUCAAACAGUUAACUCAUCAGGAGAGACAGCCCUGGAUAUUGCACGGAAGCUGCAGCACACACAAUGUGUAGAGCUGUUGGAGCUGGCCCAGAGUGGGAAGUUCAACUCACAGAUCCACGUGGAGUUCAUGUGGGAGACACAGUCCCAGGAGUUUUAUGACAGUGAGGAUGACCUGGACGAAAGGGUGAGCCCAUUACCCAAAAAUCGCUCUCCUUUGUCCACAAACGGAGGAAGUGGAUCGUCAUUUUCCCGCUGGAGCGUGGUUAAUGGUGCCAAUGGUAAUGCAGGAAGCAGGCCGUGUCAGACUUACGAGAAUAUAGACUUCUUAUACAGAAAUCCUCCCACAAACAGCGCCCCCUCUGGAGUAUCAGCGCCACCACCACCUCUGCCAGCUAAAUCCAUCCAGAGAGGCCGCUCAGACCCCCAGAUUUCAGUGACUUCACAGGAAGGCAAUGGCAUCCCACGGCGCUGCUCUAACCCCAACUCCUCCAGUCCCCAGACACAGGCCAGACACAGCACACAUUCAGCCAACACAGAAACCCAAGGCCAAGGGGGCAGACCACCAAGAUCUCCCCAUGGCCAGGGAGGCUUAAAGGGACAGGGCCAAUCUGGUGCUUGUUUUGGCUCUCAAAGCAGUGUCACAUCAUCAUCAUCAUCAUCAUCCUCUUCUCAGAACCACAUUGGGCCUGUCAGUUCUGAGAAAACCACUUCGUAUCGUCGGACCAGCAGUGGAGGAGGCAGCCAGGGGAAGUGUAGCGUGUUGUCUCCAAGCUGUGUAGGCAGCCAGGAGGAGCUGUACUGCAGUUUAGUGGGGAAUAGUCCUCCAGCACCCACUCCAGCACCGUCAUCUUCACCCACUGUGACCUGUGCCCCACGGCCACGCAGGAAUGCUAUGGUUUCUGGCAGCAGGCCACAUCACAAGCGUGUCAAGGCUUUAGUGGACUGCAGAGUAGCCAGUUCUGAGCAGCUCACCUUUUACAAAGAUGAGAUCAUUGUGGUGACAGCCACUAAUGACCCCCACUGGUGGGUUGGGCACAUAGAGGGAGACCCGAGCAGGCACGGGACCUUCCCCGUCAACUAUGUCCACAAACUGUCAGACUGAAGCAGCAUGGGAAUAUGGACCAACUGCACGGUAUUAUGGAUGAUCAAAUCAACCAGCAUGGGAAGUCUACUGGAACUUGUGGAUUUAAUCCUUCAGAGUGGACUCUUUUUCUUCUGGAUCUUAUGGGAACUUUACAAUAUGACAAACUGAGGAUUUAUUUCCACAUCAACCAAAGGUCAACUGAGGAUGUAAAUCCUGUAUUAGGAUUUUAUGGCCUUAAUUUUAUUUAUAUCCUUAACAUUUAAUCAUCCUAGAAGUCCAAAAGGGAGCUGAAGGGUUUUAUUUCUGCAUGAACCCUCUCUGUUCAUGACAAAAUUAUUUCCUUUGCAUGUUUGAAACACCAUGAACCACAUUCAGUAGGUACAAAUGCCUUUUUGGUUCGAAUGUCCAUUUAACUUUAUACAAGAUAUUUUUAAGUUCUAGGAUCUGCACCUGAAGGCCAAACUUACCUGCAGGCGAAAAAAGGCACUUUGAACUCAUGGAGAAGAAAUCUGGAGGAGACUGCAGACAUAAACACGGCACGCCGCUGUACAGGGAUGCAGCUGUUUUUUGAUGUGAACUGAAAUCUUCUAGUCUUUUUGAAUUGUAGCGUACUGAGACUUGGAUUUGAGUUGAGUAUCAAGACCUGCCCCGGGACUCUAAAAGUGGCUCUGUGCCUGCCGGUCUGUCUCCAACAAAGCAGGCAGGCGUCUGGGCGAACCUGGAGAGAUCUGAAACUUUAGCUCACCAUCCUGAAACUGGGCACGGCGCACAGGCUGCAUGGAGAGACAGGGAUCUAAUUUCUUCUGGCUCCAAGCGUCUUGUCUCUGGAGGACCUGGAAUAACGGCACGGUGUUAUAAAAAAGAAAAAGACUCUGCUCUACCAGGAAAUGGCACUUGGAAAGAGCUCGUUAGUAUCAGCACCCCACUGCAGUAAUUUGUUCAGCUUGUGUAUUUCUCCAGAUACAUGCACGCACACAUGCACUUACUGAACACACAGAUUAGCUUCCAGGAUUUAGGAACCUUUAGAGAAGAGCUGGGCUGUUAUUCUCCACUUUUGAAACUAGUUACAUAAAAAAUGGAACACAUUUCACCCACAAUUUGUUGUACAUAAUUGUCUAAAACAUCCACAGAUGUACAGUUUAUAUAACCGUCUUUAUUAUCUGUUGUAUACAUUAUAAUUCCUUCAUGUUAUCAAUGUGAUGUCUUCCUAUUUUGUAUCCCCCCCUCUGAUUUGUUACUUUGUCAAAAGACUGUCAGAGAGAGAAAAAAGGGAACAGAGAAAUAAUCAGUGUUCAGAGAGGAUUCUCCAUCACAAAACAAACAUCGAAAUUGAUGAGUAGGAAGCAGGCGUUACCUUCCUUUAAUCAUUCAUGAACAAACUGAUGAGACGUUUGUUUGCUUGUGACUGUUCCUCCUGAUGCCAUCUUCGUACACCGUUGACCAAUAAGCGAGCAAAUCACAGAGCAGACAUUUUAUCAGAAACCUGUGAGACAGUGAUGGCUGCAGAGUGCUACUACAUUUAGUAACUGACAAAUGUUAAUGUUUUUGUAACAUUUACAUAAAUAUGUUCAAUAAAGUGCUGUCGAGUUUUUUAUCAUGGAAA